CAUUCAUGAUAAAAAAAAAAUAAUUUUUUUUUCUUUGAUUUCAUAUACCACUUGACUCAAGAGUUUUCUAUUAAAACUUGAACAGAUAAAAUUUUCAUAUUUUCCUAAGAUAGUGUGUGUAUGGAAUUACAUUUCAAAUAUACAAAAUUUUCAGACAAUGGAUUUCGAUCAUGAAGAGCCAAAGAGAAAAUUUGAUUGGACAUUUGGGAGGAUUUGUCUUUCAGUGGCAAAUUUAGUAAAUCACAUAAUGAUAGGAUUUUUAACAAUUUAUAUUAUCUAUUUAGGACGAGAUUUAUCGAAUAAUACAAAUAUUCAUGCUGUACUGUCAACAAUCGGAUACGUUCUUUUGAUGUCCGAAGCCAUAGUCGUUCUUGCCGAGGAAAAUCUUUGGACAAACUUUCUAUCACGUCAAGUAAGCAAGCACAUUCACUGGAUUUUACAAGUUGGAGCUGCAGUUUUCAUUAUCGUUGGAGUUGGUGUAAAAUAUGAUAAAAAAGAAAGUCAUUUCCACUCAACUCAUGCUAUUACCGGGAUCAUUUCUGUUGGUCUGAUAAUUUUUGUCGCUUUAAUGGGAAUUUUUGCAUUUUACUCCGUGGAAUUGAGACGAAUAAUAAGGCCAGUGUUAUUUAAAUUAUUUCACAAUUUAUUUGGUAUUGGAUGUUUUGUCAUUGGAAUGACGUCAUUAUUAUAUGGCUAUGAAAAAAAAUGGAUGACGAUAAAAGCAACGGAUGAAAUGAAAUUAACUUGUGUAAUCUUAACGUAUGCGAUUACAGUGUUUUCCCUUGUUGGCGCUUUUGGAUCCCUUUUUAACCAACUUGGUUUAAUCAGAUAGUAAGUAAAUUUUCAACAAAAGAUGUCAUGGGUGCCAUAAUGUUUACGAGACAUAAUAAUAACUUGAAAAACAAGAGUGUCUCACGCUGAAUAAGAAGUAAGUUUAAAACCACCACCUCUCUCUCAAACCACUCCCCGCCCCGAUAUAAAGUGGUUUCAUAAAAAAUUUUCAUCCCACUAUGUAAAGCUUGUCUCUACUCAACGGUUUUAAGAAAGAAAAAUUUCAAAAUUCCCUUUUUGAAUAUGAAUUCCCCGCGCUAUUAUUAAACAUCUCCUUGGAAAAUAUUUUCAACACACAAAAAAAUGUUUAUUGUAAUUCGCUCUUUACAAAAAAUUGUCACAAAAAUAUAUUUUGUAAAAAAAACUUUAAA